GUUAAAAAAUAUAGCGUAACGAAAAUUAAAUAUUUUUAUUUACUUGAAAAAAGACAACAAAAAAACAUAGGAUAAGUUUUUAUGCGCCGUACAUGCUUACGUUUCCAAGGGUUUUUUCAAAACCUAAAAAAAGGUACGGAUAAAUACAACCUUUUCACCUCACUUUGGAAUAAACCAGAUACAAAGGAUGAGCGGAUCAAGGAGUAUAUCCCCGAGGUCCUAGAAGAAAGCUUACAGGAACAACGAAGGGUCAUUCAGGAAAGUACCACCCGUGACGUUAUUGUCGAGUCGGGUCAUAGAAUACUUUCAGAAAUUGAGAAAAAAAGCCCAACACCGAGUAUUCUUCCGCAUCUUUCGAAGAUAAUUCUCGAGUAUGGAGCGAAGAAUAUCAUUGCCCUUCGACCCCUUAGUUAUUUACUUUAUCCAUCAGGAUUAAUGUCUAGUAAUGAUAGACAGCCCCAUGACUUAAUUCUCAACUUUGUCGACAAUUUUCGAAGCCUGAUCGAGGAGGUCGAGCAAAAUGGCUGUUCGGCUCGUCUUUCCAAAGCACCAUCGCGAAUAAUUAGUGCCGAGGGCGAACCCUCCCAAACUCCAUUGUUCCUUUCCCAAACAAAAGACGACAACAAAGGGGAGGAGUGUGAGGAGAAGGACGAGAAAACCGCCAGAAUGGCGUUGAAUACGGGGCUUAUGAACUCCACGGCUCUGAACGAGACCAAUCUCUUAAACGAACCGUGCGACAAUGCGGAUGAGUCAAGCCGUGAAACGAAACAUCCACCAAAUGCGUUUUAUGCAGAGCCGACGGACAUCACUCUUUUUGUCCAGGUGAUCACCGGCAUGGCACUCGCCAACCUGCACUGCGGGGACAUCCCCAACGCGAUUCACUGCGUGGAAAUAGGUAUCAACCAUGUGGUCGACCCUACCCGUCGGGGUGCGCUUUUCGGCCUCAAAGCCGGACUUUUAGUUCGCCAGAAAAAAUUUAAAGAAGCGGUGGAAAUUGCCAAGCUCGCGGUCGAAGCCUCAGACAACCCACAAGGGUACCUACACGGGGGCUACGCACUGCGCCGUUUAAACGCACCAAACGAAGCGAUGGCACUACUGGAAAAAGGGGUGGAGAAUCACCCAAUGAAUACGAGAAUAGUCGCCCAGCUGGAGGCCGCUGAAAAGGAGGUCAGGUUGUUAUUGCCAGUUUCCAAAGGGGAUACAAAUGGAAGCUAGAGUUCAAGCCUAUCCUGGAUUACUCACAGCAACAAAUCAACCUAGGGGUGUUCCUUUUUUCCUUAUUUUGCGUGAUAUUCUCACAAAUGCACCUCGGCUA